AAUCCCCAACAACAACACCACGCACAGUCGGCGAUACACGUGUGGCAUAGGAGUGUGUGACUGCCGGACGAGUGUGGUCUUGGAAAAGUAACCCUAGAAUUCAUCAAUUAGUAAACCAUUAAGAUGAAGAUAGAAGCCAAGACAAAAAAGAAACCCCCAGUACCUUCAGUAAAGACAAUGGGAGCCAAAAAGAAAGCCACAGCAUCUCCUGGAGUUGCAGUGAAGGGGAAAAUGGCAGCCAUUGCAAAGAAGGGGAAGAAGGCAGCCGUUGCAAAGGAGGAGAAGGCGGCACCUAUUGCAAAGGAGGGGAAGAAGGCAGCUGUUGCAAAGGAGGGGAAGAAGGCAACUGUUGCAAAGGAGGGGAAGAAGACAGCCGUUGCAAAGGAGGAAAAGAAGGCAGCCAUUGCAAAGGAGGGGAAGAAAGCCGUUGCAUCAUCUGCAAAGAAAGCAGCAGCCAAGAAGAAGACAACCAAGGUGACUCCAGCUGCUAAGAAGGAUGCUGCCGUAGAUUCACAGGAGAAGGUGGAUGCCAAGCCCAAAAAGGUGGUGAAUGGAAAGCAAAUGGAGAAGGCAGUUGGUGCAGCUUCAGCAGUGAAAUCAGGACCCAAGAAAAACCAAAAGGAGGAGGAUAAGGGCAGCAAACCUGAAGGGAAAAAGAAGAGGAUGAAGAGAAAGAGUCGCAAGCCAAAGGUAAAGAAAGUUAAAGUCGCUGAAGGGACAGAAGCGAAACCAGAAGCAGAGGGGGAGGAACCAGACUCUACAGGGAAGCAGAAACGCAAGAGCGAGAGCAGUGACAGUGAGAGCCCUGCUAAGAAGCGGAAGAUGGCAAAGAAGAAACCAGAGCCUGCAAAUAUGGAGAUGAAUUUGACAGGAGAACUCUACAAAAUUUUCUGCAAGCGAAGGGAUGAUUUGAAGGAGCGAGUCCUGUACGCCAAGGUGGAGAAUUUCAAGCUUGGUUACUAUUCUAAGCCCCCUGCACUGUUUAGUAGUGCACAGCAUGUUAGGAUAUGUGCAGAGAAAGGUUUAUUCUAUUUGGAAUAUAAGACCAAAAGGGAGGCAGAGAAGCACAAAUUAAUCCUAGAAAACAACAGUUUGAUCAAGUUCGUAAAGUCGAUGUCCAAGAGUAAUGAUGACAAAAAUACAGACGGCAUCAUAAAAGUGCACCCCAGAAAGUUAUUUAUUGCAAAUGUGCCACCGAAGAUCAAACGUGACAUGUUGGCGACUAGUUUCCCAACAGCUAUGCAUAUUCGUGUUCUACCCACGACACGUUGUGCAUAUCUGUUUUACAAGACAGAUGAGGAAGCGGAAGAUGCUUUUGUAUUAGCUAAUAAUGUCCAGAUUAAGGGUGUGAAGCUCACAGUCCUGUAUCUGUCAACCCGAAAGGCUGAAGAGCUUGAUAGGAAUAAGGAUAAAAUUAAGAAGAAGAGGAAGAAGAAGAAGGCAGCCUAUAAGAAAUCUCUGCAGGAAAAGAAGAAGCAACUGAACAAUUUGGAAUCACAAACUGACAGUUCCAAGAAGAAGAAUUAGUUAUCAAACUGCUGCUGUUUUUUUGUUUUUUUUUUUUCUUCUUUUUCUUUUUUUUUUUUUUUUUUUUUCUUUUCUUUCCUAGAUGAUGUGUGGUACGGAAAUAUAAUGUAAUGUUUUCCAAAAUAAAAUCUAAAAAGAAAGGAUU